AUGAGCGACACAAUAAAAAGCGCCGUCAUCGAACAACUGCGGCAGAUAAAGGGCCCGGAUCUGGAAGGUGACAUUGUUUCGCUCGGCCUUGUGUCGGACGUUUUUGUUUCCGACGGCCGCGUUGCAUUUUCGAUCACUGUUCCGGCCGCGCGGGCGCAGGAACUGGAACCUUUGCGACAGGCUGCCGAAAAGGUGGUCAAGGAAGUUGAGGGCGUGGAAAAUGCGAUGGUGGCACUCACGGCGGAACGCGCUCCCGGUGGAGACCGCAGCACCCCGCCGAAGCCGGCACCGCGUCAAUCGCAACGUGGACCCGACGAGCAGGCUGCCCCGAAACCUGGUGUGCCCGGUAUCAGGCACAUCAUUGCGGUGGCCUCGGGCAAGGGUGGCGUCGGAAAAUCGACGACAACUGCAAAUCUCGCACUGGGGAUGGCGUCGAACGGGCUGAAGGUAGGUGUUCUGGACGCCGACAUUUACGGGCCUUCCGUUCCGCGGCUCUUCAACGUUUCCGGAAGACCGGAAACUGCGUCAGGACGUGUUUUGAAGCCGUUGGAAGGAUACGGCAUCAAGGUGAUGUCGAUGGGGUUCAUGGUUGAAGAGGAAACACCCAUGAUCUGGCGCGGGCCGAUGGUCAUAUCGGCGUUGACACAGAUGCUGCGGGAAGUUGCCUGGGGUGAUCUCGAUGUCCUCGUGGUCGACAUGCCUCCGGGAACCGGCGAUGCGCAGCUGACGAUGGCGCAACAGGUUCCUCUGGCAGGUGCCGUCAUCGUUUCGACGCCGCAAGACCUUGCGCUGAUCGAUGCGCGCAAGGGCUUGAACAUGUUCAAACGGGUUGAUGUGCCGGUUCUUGGCAUUGUCGAGAACAUGAGCUACUUCCUUUGCCCGGACUGCGGCGGACGUCACGAUAUCUUCGGCCACGGAGGUGCGCGCGCGGAAGCAGAACGGCUCAAGGUACCGUUUUUGGGCGAGGUUCCGUUGACGAUGAAGAUCAGGGAAACGUCGGAUGCGGGAACACCCAUUGUCGUAUCCGAUCCGGAAGGACCGAUGGCCGCCAUCUACAAGGACAUCGCAAGCAAGGUCAUGUCGACGAUCGACAAUCCGGAAGGCGCGGCAGGAAGGGCUGCACCGCAGAUCGUAUUUGAUUGA